AUGCCGUCCCUCCGCGAGGGUCGGACAGAGCCCGAGCUGCCCCCGCCCCUGCCCGACUCGCCGCCUCCUUCCCCUUCCGCCAGGCAGGGCCGGGCGCUGCGUCCUGCGCUGCCGCCGGGAAGAGGAGGCGCAGGGGCGGAAGGGAGCGAGGCACGAGCCGGCGCCGACCCCUCGCUCCGCGGGAGGGCCGUCCCGGGCCGCGUGGCGUGGCGGGCCGCCUGGAGGGCGGCGACGGCGAGAGGAGCGGUGUCGCCUCGGUUCGACAGGGUGACGCCAAAUGAAAAGACCAUACCAUACUCAGCAAAGCCUAUACGACAUGGAGAUAAGACCACAUCAGACAAUGAGAAGACAACCUCAUCCCCAGUAAAGCCCACACAACAUGAGGAAAAAGUUACAUCAGCCAAUGAGAAGACCACACCGUCCCCAGUAAAGCCCACACGACAUGAGGGGAAGACACUAUCAGGCAAUGAGAAGUCCACCUCAUUCCCAGUAAAGCCCACACAACAUGGAGAAAAGACCACAUCAGCCAAUGAGGAGACCACCUCAUCCCCAGUAAAGCCCACACAACAUGGAGAAAAGACCACAUCAGCCAAUGAGGAGACCACCUCAUCCCCAGUAAAGCCCACACAACAUGGAGAAAAGACCACAUCAGCCAAUGAGGAGACCACCUCAUCCCCAGUAAAGCCCACACAACAUGGAGAAAAGACCACAUCAGCCAAUGAGAAGACCACCUCAUUCCCAGUAAAGCCCACACAACAUGGAGAAAAGACCACAUCAGCCAAUGAGAAGACCACCUCAUCCCCAGUAAAGCCCACACAACAUGAGGAAAAGAUUACAUCAGCCAAUGAGAAGACCACCUCAUCCCCAGUAAAGCCCACACAACAUGAGGAAAAGGUUACAUCAGCCAAUGAGAAGACCACACCAUCCCCAGUAAAACCCACACAACAUGGAGAAAAGACCACAUCAGCCAAUGAGAAGACUACACCGUCCCCAGUAAAGGCCACACAACAUGAGGAAAAGGUUACAUCAGUUGAAGAGAAGACCACACCAUACUCAGCAAAGCCCACACAACAUGGAGAAAAGACCAGAUUAGUCAAUGAGAAGACUACACCAUAUCAGCAAAGCCCUACAAACAUGGAGAAAAGACCACAUCAGCCAGGCAAUGAGAAGACCAUACCAUCCCCAGUAAAACCCACACAACAUGGAGGAAAAGACUACCUCAGCCUAUGA